UACAAACAAUCCUCCUGUCAAGCAAAACAGAAAGGAGAGUGUCAGCUGCGGCUCGUGCUUCCCGCCGUUUGCUUAUUUUAUCUGAGCUGAGGCUUUUUUAUGAUUUGACUCGAGGUUUUUUGGUGUCAGUGUUUGACCAGAGCUCGAACUCAGGCGCUGUGGGCGACAGUAGCAGGUCAAAUGUUUCCGCCCCAACGUUUCAGGGCUACAUAAUGAAUAUGGGCAUCACCCCUUCAGAGGUAUCCUCCUCCUCCUCCUCCUCUACCACCGCCACCUCCUCCGCCUGACUGGUUGGCCGCCUGUUCGUUAAUCCAAUUCAAGAGAUCAUCUCUUCAGCUCUUCCUGAGGUUACACUAUCAAGACGGCGUUAUCUCAGAAAGCCAGCACACCUCCACGCACUCCCCCGAGGGUCAUAUUUAUGAGUUGGCACCACCCUGAUAACAAAUUGCCAUUUAAGCUUUUCUAUGAGUUCAGCAGCUACAUAAAGGAGCUUCCUCACCACUCAGUGCUUUCUGGUGAGCGUGAUGGAUGGUGGAUGGAUGGAUGGAUGGAUGCCAGGCAUUUUGACUCCGUGGCGGUGAAGAUGACCACGGCGCGGUACCGUCCCACGUGGGAGCUGGCCGUGGACCCUCUGGUCUCAUGUAAGCUGUGCCUUGGAGAGUUCCCUCUGGAGCAGAUGACCACCAUCACACAGUGCCAAUGUGUCUUUUGUACACUGUGCCUGAAGCAGUAUGUGGAACUCCUGAUUAAAGAUGGCCUUGAAACUGCAAUUAGCUGUCCGGACUCUGCCUGUCCUAAAAGAGGACACUUGCAAGAAAAUGAGAUUGAGUGCAUGGUGGCCACGGAGAUGAUGCAGAGAUACAAGAAACUUCAGUUUGAAAGGGAGGUAUUGCUGGACCCGUGCCGAACAUGGUGCCCUUCGUCGACCUGCCAGGCGGUGUGCCAGCUAAAGGAAGCAGAUUCUCCAGCCCUACCCCAGCUGGUCCAAUGUGCUGUAUGUGCCCUCGAGUUCUGCUCGGCAUGCAAGGCCAACUGGCACCCCGGGCAGGCCUGCCAGGAGAAUAACCUGCCCAUUACGUCCUUCCUACCAGGAGAAAACAGCUCUUUUUAUAAGAACGAAGAGGAUGAUGCACCAAUCAAGCGCUGUCCUAAAUGUAAAGUUUACAUUGAGAGGGACGAGGGCUGUGCACAGAUGAUGUGCAAGAACUGCAAGCAUGCCUUCUGCUGGUACUGUCUGGAGUCCUUGGAUGAUGACUUUCUCCUGAUCCACUAUGACAAAGGGCCCUGUCGAAACAAACUGGGGCACUCCAGGGCGUCCGUUAUCUGGCACAGAACACAGGUUGUGGGAAUCUUUGCUGGCUUUGGCCUUCUCCUGCUGGUUGCCUCUCCCUUCCUCCUCCUGGCCACUCCCAUCGUCCUCUGCUGCAAGUGCAAGUGCAGCAAAGGCGAUGAUGACCCAUUGCCAACCUAAAAAACACCAUCCGAGAUGGCACAGGGAGCCACUUCAAGGAUGGGCCCGUCUAUUUUUGUCCUUUUUCACCCCUUUUACAUUUGUUUUUUCCAUCCCACCAGCUUUGAGAGCUUUAUUCUUUUUUUGGGCUGAACCGGCACCAGCCUAAGCCGCUUUGGGAUCCAUUGCUCUGCAUGAGGGAGGCAUGGCAGAAAAGCGACCCUACAUGUUUAUCUCGAGGGAGAGAGGUGCAGGGGUCAAAGAUCAGUGGACAUGAGACUCGUUGAGGGACUACUGUGUCCAAAUGUAUGAGAAGUUGCCAGACUGGGGACGUGGAGGAUGACUGCACCACUUCAGCUGCCCCCCCCUCCUCUUCUGAGGUGUGGGUUAAUUUGUUGUUGCACUUUGGUGGGUAAAUGCAAAUGAAGGAGGGAAAAAAAAACCAACAUCAAGAAAUGAUUUUUUUUUCUUUAUUAUUAUUCUUGUAUGGACCAUGUCAUGCAGGAGCCACCUUAGAAAGAACUCUUACUUCAUCGCUCUGUUUCGUCAGUUUGUUAUGCGCAACAAAAGCUUUUCCCUCACCACCACACUCGAUGUAGCUCUACAGAUUCAGUCAGUAGCAUAAUAGAGUUACACCACGGAUGUUUGGUGUUCACUCGAUUUGCACACGGAACAUGAUUUCUUUGUCAUGUCUGCGACUGAGGUAGAGAUGGGAGGCUAGCGUCACUCUCAGCUCAGUGUAUAGCACGUCCUCUUGAUGAUGUCAAUGUUUUAUAAUCCUGCGCUUUUAAUAGAACUGUGCUCAAAGUAGUGUCUAUGUGUUGUACUUUACAGUGUUUUUCCAACUGUUAGGCAAACAUAUUAAAGGGGACUGCCUCUCAAAUGCAUUAAAAGGAAAAAAAAACAGUUUUUCCUGUGGUAAAAUGAUAAUCGCGUCUUGUUUUGGUUAACUAUCACCUUACCUUUUACUGUCUUUGCAUUCUACAUUAAAUUCACAAAUGUCACAAAUUGAGUGGCAUUCCCCUUUAGCAUUAAAUUAAACUCUAUCAAAGGACCUCGUAUCCACGUGCUGUGGAGCCGUUUUAAUUUAAUUCACUAAAAGAGAUGUCACUCCUGUAUUUCUCAGUCCCUAGGCGGCAGUCUAGCCAAAUAGAAAUGAAUGGCCUUAAAUUAAAAGUAGUGAAAAUCAGGCAAGCCCCCCAUGCACUAAAAGAACAAGUCAGAUCCAAAUGAUCCCAGGGAAAGCAUGUUUUAAGGACUAAAGUCAGUGAAGCCCUUUAUAUCCAGACGAUUCUAUGAUGUCAUUCAUAUGUCACUCUGUUAAUAGCCAUACUGUUAAAAAAAGAAAAACAAAAAACGAGGAUAUCUCUCUCUACAUAUAAUAUAAAUAAUUGUUCUCAAAUGGUGUUCUUUGUGAUCUAGGCCCUGUAUUUUCUGAGCCUCUUUAAGCAGGAGAGCGAUCAAUCCAACUAUGGUUGUGAAUGAUCUCAAGAUCAACUCAGAUCUCCCACUUUUUGAGUCUUAACAAAUACCCGCUGGCUCAAACUGCAAACUUGCAUAUGUUAGUGGUCCGAGUGUCUGUUUUGUUUUGUUGGUAGUUAGACCUCCAACAAAAAGCAGCUAUUCCUUGCAGGAAUGUCAGAAAAGCCUAUAGAGUAAAUUUAAAAAGCAUGUUAAAUCUUUGGGCACAUGAAUAUCAAGCUGCUCUAUACUAUAUCACUUUAUCUAUGCAAGUUUGUGCAUUACCGUAAUGAUAAGGUUAUUGAUUGGCCAUGAUUAAUUGUAAGGAAGUAUUGUGUAAUGAGAGCUGCAGAAUGUCAGCAUAUCGUCGCUUUAAUUUAAUCAGGGAAUCAUUUGGAAAAUAUCCAUUUUAUGUUCAUUAUAUACAGUGCAUUGCUUUUUUUUUUUUUUUUUUUUUUUUUUUUUUUUUUUUGUCCUUAGGCUAGUUUAAAGUUUCCAGAGAAGAAAUUUGCAUUUGACAACUUCUUUGCAGUCUUCAGAAAAAUUAAAUUACCAACUGUCAGUUCUGAGGUUUUUCAGACCAGGACAUAAUAAAAGAAAAUAUUUGGUCCUCUGGGUCCAGUGGAGGAAUAUUGGCCUGCUCAUUUUUCAGUAUUGCUUUAAUUCAUUUAGGUUUUUGUGCAAUUAUCUAUGCACAGCUCUCUUAAUGUCUCAUCAUGGUAUUUCAGUUGGGUUGAUGUCUGGAUUUUGACUGUGUCAUUGCAACACCUUGAUUUGCCCUUCCACCCCCCCCCCCCCCCCCUCUUUUCAGCCAUUCUGUUGUAGAUUUGCUGGUGUGUUUUGGAUAAUUGUCCUGUUCAGCUAUGGACAGGUGUUCCCACAUUUAACUCUAGAAUACUUUGGCUUACAGAUGAGUUCAUGGUCAACUCAAAGAUUGCAAGUUGUCCUAUGGCUCGAAAUCAAGCCCCAAUCAUCACCCCUCUAUCACCGUGCUUGAUAGUUGGUCUGAGGGGUCUGUGUUGAUUUGAUGAAAACCAAACACAGCAUAAGUGGCAUUAGCCUUUAUAGCCUAACAUCUCCACUUUGGUCUCAUCUAUCCAAAGGAUGUUGUUCCAGAAGUCUUGUAAGUUGCUCAGAUUCAGCUUUGCAAACCUAAGGUGUCCUGCUAUGUUCUUUAUAGAGAGAAGAGACGUUGUCCUGGUAACACUUCCAAACAAGCCAUACUUGUUUCUUUUUCUCUUUUCUAAUUGUACUGUCAUCUUUAACAUUUAAUAUCCUAACUGAGGCCUGGAGAGUCUUGAGAUGUAGUUAUUGGAUUUUUGCAGUUAGCACUGUUCCCUAACAGCAAGAAGGUGCUGAGUUCAACUCCACCAUCUAGCCUUAACCAUCUCCCUUUCUCUGGGGAGUUUGCAUGUUCUCCCCAUGUCUGCGUGGGUUCUCUCCGGGUGCUCCAGCUUCCUCCCACAGUCCAAAGACCUGCAGUUAGAGGAGUUAGGUUAACUGGUGAGUCUAAAUUGCCCAUAGGUGUUAAUGUGAGUAGUGGUUUUCUGUCUCUCUGUGUUAGCCCAGACAGACUGAUGACCUGUCCAGUGUGUACCCCGCCUCUCACCCUAUGAUAGCUGGGAUAUUCUCCAGCCCCCCACAACCCCAGUAAGGAUAUAAGUAGAAGAGAAUGAUUGGAUGGAUGUGAAAAAUCUUUCACUGUAAAAUAGUUUGGAGAAGGCCUUCCACGAUUGAUGGGCAGCAGCGGUCGCUCUUUAAGAUCAUUGCCGAGGUCUUCCCUCAUUAAAAGCCACCUGAGUGCUGCAGACCAGCAAACUGCGCCUGCUUUAAUAGAGCUGCUCACACUAGCACAUGAUCAGUUAAACAAGUGCAUUUGAUUAGCAGCACCUGGCUGCUAUUGUCCCCUCUUAUUUCCUAUGGAAGCAGUAAGGCUGCACUUAGUUUUUCUCUCACUGUUUUUGCACUUUGGCUCAGUUUUUGUUAAAUAAAUAUUAAUCACCUGAGGAAGUAUUUUAAGUUGACCUGCUAACUUUUUUUAUUAUGUCCCAUUACGUAAAGCCUGGAAUUGAAAGAGAUUGUGCUUUUUGUUUUGUUUUUUUACCAAAACUGUGAGUCAGUUGAGGAAAAAAGUAGAAACCUUUCAGUUUAAAAUAGAGACGAUGAGAAACAAUUUAUGGGAGAACUUUGUACUUAAGUUUUGCUACCGUGCAUAGCACCUGCAUGUCUUCAGAGUGUGGCAGGAAGCCAGAGCACCUGGAGAAAAACCACACAGGAAGAACAUGUGAACGCCACACAGAAAAGACCAGAGUUGAACAUCAGGUUCGAGCUUUGAGGCGACAGUGCUAACCACUGUGCCAACCCGUCAUAGCCAUUCCAGUGUUUUAAUAAGCCAUUCGGUUUCUCGCUUCCCUUCUGGUGCAAUUCAUCAGUGUUCAUGUAGCAUUUCAUUAAAAGUGUGGCUACAGUUGCCAAUAAAGGGGGUUAACAAGAGUAGCUAAUACUGUAUAAGCUAAACAGUAGCUGAUCACCUGCACCUCCCACCUGUUUUUAACUCUUAUAUUAAAUUUUAGAACAAAAUUAUGUUAUUAUUAGUAGCCUUUAGGUUUGAAUGCGUUACCUGUAGCUUGGGUUGCUUUCAUUGGCCUUGCCUUCUGUAGGAGCAUGAUCAUUUGACACCAAAUCCGGUUAAAUUUUCUACCUUUCAAAGCAACAUUUCUUCGCUGCAAAUCAUUUAAAUUCCUGAAACUCUCAUUGGUUUAAUGACAAUCGUGCCAAGCAGAUUUCCCAGAAGGCAAAAGGAAGCCAAGCUGUGUGUGCAUUUUGAUCACGUCUUUGUAAUGUAUUAACAGUUUUUACAGGGUUGAAAUAAUUGCUUCUUUAUGUAAGCGCUGCACUGUAUAAUAUGGAUUUUAUCGUUUUACUUCUUCUUCUUGAUAUGAUCUGUGACGUGCGUGAUAUGGUGCCUGCUGUGUUUUACUGGAGGAGUUUAGCAGCUAAAACGAACUCUAUGGAAAAGUCAAUGCAGAUGAUCAUAACUGUUUUUUAAUUUGUUUUUUAGGGGUUUUAACAGUUUGAGGAACAGCGGGAGGGGGCUGAUACCACUAGUAAACAUUUAUUUAAAUCCAAAAACUAAAAGUCCAUCGAAUUCUUGAAAGGCACAAAGUAACAAAUCAUGGACAUUUUUUUUCUUUUCUUUUUCAAACUCAACAUUCGUCUUUACCAAUGUCUGCUGGCAUUAAUAAACAGGUAGAUACUGUAUUAUGCAACAAACAUAAGGGCAGCAUAAUUACUUGUUUUUUCAGGGCUCGACAUAAAGGCCUACAGAGUACAACCACUUCACGCGGAUGAUUCAUCAGCACAGGUGCUGGAGAAUAGGAUGACCUGAGUAAGGGCUUGCUUCUCAUUACUUGGGGCCUGAAUGGAAAGAGGGUAUUUUACAAAGGCUCAAAAUCGACUUUGUAACUAUCAGAUCAAGUUUGGUUACGAGCAGCAGUCUAUAUUUUAUAACUUGUUGUGUCAAGAGAUGAAGCUGCAUGAGUUUUCUUUGACUUCUACAUGGUAAAUAUAAUAUUGUAGCCUCUAAAGAGCUUUCAUAUGGUGGCACUGAUAAAGUUGUCAUCCUGUUUUUGUUUUUCUUCUUUCGUUUAGAAAAUGCACUUUGAUGUUCAGCCAUAAAAUAUGUUGGUCAGCCUUCCUAUAUUUAGUAGAUGGCCUUCAUGUGUCUGUUACUUUUUUCUUUUUUGAUAUAUUUUAUGUUUUGUACACUUGUUACAUCAGUUUGUGUAUUUGUAUUACCCGUUUAUAUAGAGGGAUUUUUCACCCCUUUAUUGGUCGUAUAUUAAUUACAAUGAUUUACAAUUAUCGGUCACUGCCGUAGGGGGGUUAUUUUCAAAGAAACUGCUUUCCAUACACAGGACUAUGAGAAAACAAUGUCUCUAGUUCACUGAGUAAUUAAAGGUUAAAUGAUAACAAAGCUAUGACCAUUGUAAAAUUGCAUUAAAUCCAUUCUGUACAACUUUAGAAUUGGCAUCUUAAUAUAUCUACAGUUCCACUAACACUGUGACACCAGGUAUUAAAGGUUGUUGUUUUCGUGA